AUGCCAGAGUUUGGUCGAUGCGAUGAUCCAUCAUGCAAUGAAGAAGCUGUUCGUCUAUUUGAUUGUGCUCAUCACUGCAUGAAAAUGGUUUGUCUUCAACAUUUGAUUGACCAUGAUCGUCUGUUCGAAAACAAUAGACGACAAUUAGAAAUUGUUCAAGUAGAAGUUAAACGUCUUUAUUCAAUAUAUUCAUCAUUGAUUGAUGAAGAUAAAAUUCGUUAUGAAUAUGAACAAAAACUAAAUGAUUACAAAAAAUUAGUCAAUGAAGUUAACAUUUUAUUGGAAAAUAAUUCAAAUAAUAUCGAACAGCUUCGAGUCAUUAUUGAAAAAUUAAAGCACAGCAUUAAUGAAAAACAUAAACAACCAAGUGAAUCUUUAACUAUUGUGAAAGUUGAACCAAUUGAUGAAGCUGCAUCACCAACAAUGAAUACAGAAAAAGAUGAAUCGUUAUUUAUUGGCUUCGACAGAUUACAAAAUUUAAUCAUAGAUACUGAUUAUCAUAAACGAAAAGCUAUGGAACAUGCCGAUGCAAGUAAAACAACCACUAACAUUGAUUAUGAAGAUCAUAACAUCAACGCAAUCAUUCAUGUUCAUCGUAUUCCUGGUUUUUGUCCGUUGCGGACCAAUGGUGCCUAUGGUCUCAAUCAAAAGCAUCAUUUUCAUCGUCUGUGCCGGAAAAAACGUUUUACUGAUUUAAGUAAUCAUAUGCGUCAAUAUCAUGGUUUACUAACACCGAUUGCUAAUAUUAUUGCAAGAGCUGUUGAAUCCAAAAUACCAACUACAAAACGUUUAAUUCCCAAUGAUCUACAAGUUACUGAUCCACGUCGCAGUUUCUUUUGUCCAUUACGUAUUGAUUGUCAAAAUUCAUAUUAUUUAUCAGCAGCAUCUUUAAGAACUCAUCUUAUUGAUGUACAUCGUAUGAAUCCAUCAAUAGCAGAUAUAAAAGUUAAAGAAAUUAAGAAAUUGAAUAAAAAUCAAGAAGUAUCAAAAAUUCAACGUACAAUUUUUCAAAUCAACAAAGAUAUGGAAUCAACAAGUAAUGGUUUAAAGCAAUCGGACAUUUCCAACAAUCAGAAAAUCAGCGAUGAUGAAUGGCAUGAAUACGAAUGA